ACCAGGACCGAACCACAAACCCCCUCCACCGCGAAAGAGAAAAAAAAUAUAUAAAAUAAAAAUCACAAAUACAAAGCUUCCGUAGAAAUGGGCCACAUGGCCACAACAACGCUGCCAUGGCAACCUUCACCGCCGUUAAAGCUAAAGCUAAAGCCACGCUACUGUCACCCAAGGCUUCCGACGACGACGACGACAGUCUUCCCCUCCCGCCACGUGGCGCCCAUCAGAGCCUUCCAGCGCAGCGACAUCGACGGCUUCGCCAAGCGCAUGGUCUCCGGCGAGGCUUUGAAGGACGCGUGGCGCAGCGCCAACGACGGCUUCGAGCAGUUUCUUUACGAAGCCAAGAAGGCCGCCGAGCGACUCGACCGCCGCUACUCCGUCUCUCGCCGCCUCAGCUCCGUCGCUCGCUCCGCCGCCGACCGCGCCCGCGAAAUCGAUAGGGAGUUCGAGAUCGGAAUGCGCUGGCGCACUUUCUCGCUCGACUUCACCAGAAAAUUGCCGAGGUACAGGAAACAGCUCAAUGAUUUUUUGGACACUCCGUUAGGAAGAAGUUUUGCGACAAUUUUCUUCCUCUGGUUUGCGUUGUCUGGAUGGCUUUUUCGGGUCUUGAUAUUUGCAACAUGGAUACUGCCAUUUGCCGGUCCACUUCUUAUUGGGACUAUCGCCAAUAACCUUGUUAUAAAGGGUGCUUGUCCUGCUUGUAAGAGGCAGUUUGUUGGUUACAAGAACCAAAUAAUUCGUUGUACAAGCUGCGGAAACAUCGUGUGGCAGCCGAAAGGGGAUUUCUUUUCAAGAGAUGGUAAAGGCACCUCUUCUUCAAAAUCAAAGUCAGACCCUGAUAUUAUUGAUGUUGAGUUUGAGGAGAAAUGAAGGGAUGCCCAAGUGAUGGUGCCAUGGUGAUUUCACUCAAUAUGGGCAUUUAAUACAGAGAGCAAAGAGAACAUUCCUACUGUUCAUUAGUUCUGAUGUUUUGUCUCAUUAUUAUUGUUAUUUUUUCUUUUCUUUUCUUUUUUUUCAUGUUUGUGUUAAUUCUGUGUCCUGUAAUUUUGAAGUGCUUAUAAUGUCAGUUUGUAUACCCUUCUUCUUACAAGGAAUACCACAACCUCUUGUCCUGACAGAAAAUCUUUAUAUUGAUGAUAGGCAGCCUUUUGAGACAA